GGUCAGGGCUUCCAACAGUCGGAGUAUCAGUUAGAGCAAUGACCACAGUCCAGUUAUUGGUGCUGUGUGUGUGUCUGGUCAGCCAGGCCAGUGGGUACAGUAGUGGACCCCCAGAACUGGCCUGUAUCAGUAUGGUCCCCAGUGGUCAUGGCACCAGUGGACAGAGAGGACCCUCCCCAUACACUAUCACCCCCAGUGUGGACCAGUAUGCAGAGGGAGGCAGUGUCACACUUACCAUAAAGGGAAAGAAUGGAGAGAGGUUUAAAGGUUUUUUUGUGCAGGCUCGUAGAGCAGAUCCAUCACUUAAUGUAGAGGAGCCCAUUGGAAGAUUUGACACCAUUUCUGGGUCCAAAAUUUUGUGUGACAAAGCGCUUGGUAAUGCCAUAUCUCACAGUAGCGGCAGUGACAAAUCAGAGGUGGUUCUAACCUGGAAUGCUCCAACCAGCUUCCAGGGACAUUUGGUUUUCAAAGCUACUAUAGUUCAGACGCAGACCGUGUUCUGGGAUAAUGAGAUAUCAGCUCUUGUGAGGGAUCCGACGGCCCCAGAUAUUGUCACCACCACAAUGGGGACAGGACCUCCUAUAGACCUUUUUCAUCUUUUCCGGAAAUGGAAAUUGCAUUGUGGGUAGGGGAGCCCUGCUACGUCAAAACACUUA